CUCAAUACCACCACCUCGCUGGCACCCAUCUGCCGCCAGACGUCUUCCACGCACAUCCAACGCCCCGCUGCGCCUCCGGACGCAGGCUCCACGGUGCUUAUAACCUCUCCCGGCCAGUUGACGCCUCACGGACACGCCUCUCCGGUUGACCCUGUUCGACCACCCUGCUGGCCGCCGAUUUUGAAUAGCUUGCAUACGUAUACCUGGCGCGACGCCCGCCCGACGACACUCGACUAACGACUACUACGGACCGCGCAACUCGCCAUGGCUGUGCUCUCGCUCCCGACCACAUUCUCGAACUCGUUCUGGACGCAGGAUUACCGGAAGGGCGUAGAGGUGCUGUAUGGACAGCUGGAACAGAGCAUUGGGGAGAACACUGAGAUUGCGGCGUUCAUUCGGACGCGUGCCGCGGCAGAGCUUGCCAUCGCUGCUCAACUGAAUGCGCCCCCGCCUGCUCGCUCUGUGUUUGACGUCGACGAUGGCGCGUCAUUACUCAUGGCGUUCAGAGGCCUGCGCGCGGAGGCUGCUACUGAGGGUGCUCUCCACGAGAGCGUCGCGAAGGAGCUUCAGACUGCAGUGGCUGAGCCCUUUGAGAAGUGGGCCGAGGGGUAUAAGGAGCGCCUUCAUGGAAGCAAGGCAAACCUGCUCGAUGGCUGGAUGUACUCUUAUGAGGUUGCACAGACCGAGGUCAACAAGCUUAAGAGUGACUACCUGACCAAAACCCGGAAAGCGGACGAGGCCGAGGAUGACGCCCGCUUUGCGCCCAUCACACACCCUGUGGGCGACCAGUACACUUCGUCGCCGAAACUGAAGCCCCUCGGCGCGAACCCGAAUGCGGCCCCGCGCGCACCUCAGCGCCAGGCGACGAUGUCCGAGCGCAUCACGCAACGUCUGAAGGAGUUCCGCCUCAACGCUGGUACGCAGGCGCACCCUCGCGCCGCCCCGAAACCAGACGUGCAAUUUGAUGCGGAUAUCGAGGAGGAGAAGGCGGGCCCUAAGCUCGACAAGGGCAAGGGUCGUGCUACCGACAGCGGUGCAAGCACUCCGCAGCGCGUGUUGUCGCCGCCGCCCAUUGAGAUGCCGCCGGCAGCAGCGAAGGUCGCGCCGCCCAAGCUGGAGACAGACCCGGUCCCGCCACCGCCCCUGCCGCCCCUGGAUGUCGCGGGCAUCUCGAUGACGCCCACGGAGGUGUCGGAGCUGAUGAAGAAGGCGAAAGAGGAGCUUCCCUUGCGCCCGGUGCGCUUCCCGCUUUUGGGCGAGUACCAGGACUGCUUCUCGGGCGAGGAGUUCGCGAGCUGGCUUAACACGAACGUGAAGGCGUUCGAGGGCAACCUGGACCACGCCGAGGUCGCAGCGCGCGUUCUUACCGAGAAGUACAACCUGCUCCGCCGGCUGGGCGAGCUCGGGAAUGACUUUGAGAACGCGGACGACUCGUUCUACCAGUUCCGGCCCAAGGCUUUCACGCUUGAUGCUUCUCCCCCUCCGCCCAAGGCUGCUGGUGCUCAAGUCCUUACGCCCAUGGACAAGUUGUCUCCGCUAACCCAAAACAUUGCUGAGCGUACCGGCGGAUUGGCGAACCUCGUGUCGAAAGCGUUCGCUGCAAACACGGAGCCGCCCUACGUCCGUGCCCGGCGCGACGCGGAAGUUGCCGACCAGGAGUACCGUGUCGCGGUACGGAAGCUCGACAGGCAGCGUCUCGGCCUUGAGGAGCGCAUUGAGGACACCCUCAAGACUCUGCAAAAAUGGGAGCUCGACAGACUGCGCGCUGUCAAGACUGUCCUCACGCAGUACUACAACACGCUCGCGAAGGUGUCGAAGGCGUACAGCACGGCGAACGAGACGAUCGAGAUGCUCAUCGCCUCAUACCAGCCCGAGCAGGAUAUCAAGGUGCUCAUCGAGCGCUACCGCACGGGGCCCUUCCGGCCCGUCGCGCAGGUGUACGAGUCCAUCUCGCACGACGAGUCCGACGUCGUGUUCGGCAUCGACCUCCGCCGCUGGGCGGACAACGCGUACUGGCACGUCGCCAGCCCCGGGGAGAAGCGCGAGGAGGCGCCCCCAGUGCUGACCGCGCUGCUCGGUGCCCUCCUGGAGGCGUACCCGAGGCUCCCGAACGACGCUGAGAAGCGCAAGACGUGGAUCUACGAGGUCCCGCUGCCUGCGGUGCACCAUCUCCGAGAGACACUCAACGCUGUUCCGCCUCAAGAAGACAUUCCCCAGGAUAUGCUGCAAAAGUACGAUGCGCCCGUUCUUGCUAGCAGCGUCAAGCUGUGGGCGCUUGAGCUCGACCCGCCGCUGUGCAUGUAUGAGGGCUGGGAUGAGCUGCGCAAGCUCUACCCAACUGUUGGAUCUAGUGCGCAUCAGGAACUUAAGCCUUCCUCUGAGCAGCAUGUUCUGGAACUGCAGGCUGCGCUCCAGAAGUUGCCAAAGAUUCACUUGCUUGUUUUGGACAUUAUCGUCAAGCACCUGAAGGACCUCAUCGCGUCGACCUCAGAGUCAGAGAGCGAAUCCAACGAGGUGUAUAUCACCAAGCUGGCUUUGAGCAUGGGACGCACUAUCCUCCGGCCCAAGCAAGAAAAUGAGUUCUCCAUUCAGGACCGUCAUCCUACACUGCUAUUCAUCGACCUCCUAAGCAAGUACGACGAGAUCAUCCCGCCCGCUAUCGCCAAGAAGAAGCGUGAGUCCGAGCGCAAAGUGCCCGUCCGGCGUCGCACGCGCCCCGUCGACAUGCGCAUGUCGCGCUCGCGCAUCUCCGCCGGCGCAGACCUCCAGGCGCUCCAAGCCCAGCAGCUCGCCCAGCGCGGCAUCAAAGGCGCAAAGUCUCCGCCCCCAGUCCCGCCUGUCCCCCACCUCAACGCAGCGGGUCUCCCGCAGGUCCCCGAGAGCCCGCGGCCGGUCACGGACGAGCCGCUCGAGAUGCAUGAGCACGAGGCCGCGCCACAGCUGACCGCAGAGCCCGAGGAGUUCGCGGAGAUCCCGCCGCCGCCCAAGGCGGAGCCCGGCGAUAUCCAGCUGCAGGACAAGCGGUCCUCGCCCAUCCCCGCGCCGCCUGCUCCCGCACCUGCUCCCGUCCACGUCGACUUCAGCGCCAUCCCGCCGCCGCCGCCAAUUCCUGCCAAGGCCACCCCGCCGCCCCCUGCACACCCGGUGUUCAAGGAGCCCCCUCCCGAGACGGACGACGUGCCCGCACGUCCGCAGUUCAAGGAGCCGCCCCCGGAGCCCGCGUCGCCCCCGCGCCCCGCGCGCUUCGUCGAGCCGCCCGUCGAGGACGACGCGGCCCCCACCCCGCCACCGACCGCGAUCCCACCGACCGCACGCCGCGUGUCCUCUCCGCGCGUACCCACCCCGCCCUCGGGCGGCUCGCGCAGCCCGUCGCCCGUGAAGCCCGUGUCCCCUGGCUCGGGCGCGACGACGCCGACGUCGGAGAGCGGGCGGCUGGCGCGUGGACCGCGUCUCACGCGGGGCCCGCGUCCGGUUAGCUCGCUGAACCGCCAGUCGAUCGUGCGUCCGAGCUCGCCCGGGUCGCCGCCUGCGGGCUCUAACGGGUUCCCGACGGCGAACGGGGGUGCGGGCGGUGCGAACCUGAGGCGUGCGGGCUCGCGCACGAGCACGAUGAGCAAGCGGAGCAGUAUCAGCCGCGUGUCGGAGCUGAGCCGAAGGACGAUGGCGAGCGAUGCGGAGGACGAGGUGCUGCAGUGAGGAUGAGCGCAUGAAGGACAGUACUAGUGUGGUUGGAGAGGUGCGCGAAGGACUGUUGAUCUUACGGUAAACUAUAUGCUUCUUCUGUGUGGAUGAGGGGAGGAUUUUGGGGUGCUGCUUAUCUCUUUUCGUGCUUCGGAGUGCAUUAAUGAUUGCUUGCGUCCUGGGGCGCACGACGGUACUUACGUCUUUUUAGAUACGGCUUGGAUAUGUUUUACGUUGACGUCUCUAUGUCUGGAUACAAUUGAUGAUAUCUAUCUGCUGUCACAUCCGCAAGUGAUGUGCGAC